AUGGCUUCAGCUUCAUCUUCUUAUUCCUUUACCACUUUUGUGCUAUUCCUCCUUUUUCUGCAUUUGUCUUGUUUCUUCAACAACCUUAAUGCAAAGCACAUUAUGGCCAACACUCACAACCGCCAGCACCAGCACAAGCACCAUAACAGGAACCACAACACCCAAAAUCCUCCUUUAAACCCAAGGCUUCACCGUGCUUUUCUUGGACUCCAAGCAUGGAAACGUGUGAUUUACUCAGACCCAAAUAACUUCACUACCAAUUGGGUAGGUCCUUCAGUUUGCAACUAUACUGGUGUAUACUGUGCUCCAUCUCUAGAUGACCCUAAAGUAACAGUUGUAGCUGGCAUUGACCUUAACUUCGGAGACAUAGCUGGGUUCCUACCUAAUGAGUUAGGCCUACUCUCUGACCUUGCACUCAUCCACCUUAAUAGCAACCGUUUUUGUGGCAUCCUUCCAUUGACCUUAAGCAAUCUUACUCUACUCUAUGAGCUUGAUCUUAGCAACAACAGAUUUGUUGGACCUUUUCCUUUUGUUGUUCUUUCCCUUCCUAGCCUCCAAUAUCUUGACCUUCGUUACAAUGAAUUUGAAGGGCCAUUGCCUCCUCAACUUUUCAACAAAACUUUUGAUGCUAUUUUUGUUAAUAACAACCGCUUCACAAAUUCUAUUCCAACAAAUCUAGGCCAAAGCUCAGCUUCUGUUGUGGUCUUUGCUAAUAACAAAUUUGGAGGAUGUUUGCCUGAAAGCAUUGUAAACUUUGCUGACACUUUGGAAGAACUUGUCUUAAUCAACAACAGUUUGUCAGGUUGUUUGCCACAGCAAGUUGGUUUUCUCUACAAAUUAAGAGUAUUGGAUGUGAGUUUCAACAACAUUGUUGGUCCCAUACCUUAUAGCCUUGCAGGGUUGUCACAUUUAGAGCAGCUUAAUUUUGGCCAUAACAUGAUGAGUGGCAUAGUCCCUAUGGGAAUUUGUGAGUUGCCAAGCUUGGCAAACUUCACAUUUUCUUAUAACUUCUUCUGUGAAGAAGAGGGUAUUUGUCAGAACUUGACAUCAAAGCAUAUAGUGUUUGAUGAUCGUAGAAACUGUUUGCCAGAGAAGCCAUUGCAAAGGAGCAAAAAGGAAUGUGAUGCCAAACUUGAGCACCCUGUUGACUGCUAUGAACUUUGCUGUCCUAAGGAUGGUUUUGGAACCAAUAUCAGUGCUGGUUCCGUGGCUAUCCCACCUGCAUCAAUGCCUGUUUCUGCACCUCUUCUUGCACCAAGCUACCCAUGA